AUGAAUAAUGCAGAGUACAUUUUCUUUAUUAUUUUUUAGUGGCAGUUAAGCAAUUUGUGUAGGAUAAUAUUGUGGAGAUAAAUUAUAAGGAGAAUAUAUUGUCAAAUUCAGAGAAAGCUUAUAUGAUGAAUUUUAGAUGAUGUAAGGUUAUUUUGAAAUCUAGUGGAGUUCAAAACUACAAUGAAAAAGCAAAAUAGCAUGGAAAGUGGAUUGAACUUUCGAUAGAUUUUUCUAAGUAUUUUAAAAAUAAAGUAGAACAAACUAAAUCUGUUUUGAAGGAGAAUUUUUUGAUGGAUGUAAAUGCAAUCAAUGGAAUCUAAUAUAUCGAAACAGUUCAGAUUCUGGAUGGAAUGUUAUGUAAAUUGAUUAGUUAUUCAAAUAAUAGUGGAGGAGGAUAAUAUAAUAUUAAGGGUUAAAAGGUUGGCAAUUGGAUUGAACUAUACGAUUAAAUUAGGUAAAUUUAUUUUUUUUAAAAUAGCCAUAUUGAUUGUGAAUGGAAUAUUUUAUACAAAAACUUUUUAGGAAAAUAUGACGAAGAUAUAUAUUUUGUAGAAAAUAAUGGUUCAUUUAAAAAUAUGUAUAUAUAUUAAAAAGUAUCUAAUUAGUUACAAUUUAAUAUAUAAUGAUAAUUGUGCUUUGAAAUUAAAUAAGUGGGUAAAUUAAAAGUUAAAUUUUGUUUAGUAAGAAUUUUAUAACUUUAAGGCAUAAUAAAAUUUUUUUUUUAGGUUCGUAUUUAAAUGGAAAAAAAUAAGGAGAAUGGAAGAUUGUGUAUAAGAACUCAAUAAUGUAAUAAUUUAAAAUAAUUUAAAUAUUAAUUUAGAGGAGGAGGAAAUUAUGACGAAAAUGGAUAAAAGCAUAAAAAAUGGAUUGAAAUAUAAGAUAUUAUAGAUGGGUAAUUUAGUGUUUAUACAAAAGAUAAUCAUUUAUAAAGUUUAUAGGGGAAUAUUAACAUGGAAGAAGAACAGGAAAAUGGUAAUUUAGUAGAGUAGAAUAUUUAAAUACAAGUAAUUAAAUUAUGUAUAACUAUUUUUUAUUAAGUGGAGGUGGUAAUUUCGAUGAAUUUGAAUUAAAAUAAGGAAUUUGGAGUGAGUUAAUUACAAGUUCAAAUAAGUACUAUAUUCCAUUAUUUUUUAAGAAAACAUAGACUAAUAUUUAUUGGAGAAUAUAAAGGAGGAAAAAAAAUUGGAAAAUGGAUUAUAAAAACAGCAAUAUAUUCCAACGAUGAUUAAAAAGAACCAAAAGGAGGAGAAUACGAUUCAGAAGGUUAAAAAAUAGGUAAAUGGAGAGAACCUAUUAUUAAUUCUAAGCAGUAUUAUUGAAAUUUAAUUUAAAGAGAUUGUUUAAUAUACUAAGAUGGGGAGUAUAAAAGCGACAAAAAAAUAGGAUACUGGAAAUUUCAAUAAAAUAUUAAGAUAUAACAUAGAGUUGAUAAAGAUAAAUAUGAUACUAUGUAAAUAUUUAUAGAGAAAUUUAGUGGAAAAGGAAAUUAUAAUGAAAACGGAGAAAAAAUUGGAUUAUGGAUGGAGUUUUGUGAAAAUUUUAAAGAGUAUUAUUAUUUUAGACUUUAGUGAUUCAUAAAUAAUUUUUGAAGGAAAUUAUUAAAAUGGCAAAAAAUUUGGAAAAUGGAUUUCUAAAUAUAGAUAUUGUGAAGAUUAAGAAUUUUAAGAGAUGUUAUUAUAUUCAUAAUUUUUUAGAGGAGGAGGAAAUUUUAAUGAAGAAGGAGUUAAAAUUGGAUAUUGGAAAGAAUUAAUUUAAAAUUUCUCAGAGUAAAAAAUAAUAUUAUUUUAGUACUAAUUAAAUAAUUUUAAAAGUAAAUUAUCUAGAAGGUAAAAUUUAUGGAUAAGUCUAAAUUGAAUUUAGGAAAAGCUAAGGAAUUUCAUUCACAUAAAUGUUUAUCAAAAAUCUUAUAUAAAUAGUGGCAAAGGUUUUUAUAACUUGUUUAAAGAAAAAAUUGGAAUUUGGAUUGAUCUACAUGAUGAUUUUAGAGAGUAAAAUUAUUUUUUAAUAAAGCUUUUGUUAAAUAAUCUUAAAAGGAGUCUAUAAGAAUGGAACAAGAUAAGGACAUUGGGAUAUUUACUUUAGAGAAUUUUAUGAAAAAGAGUUUCUUAAAAUGUAAAUUUAAAUUAAAAAAAAUAAGUGGAGGUGGUAAUGUUGAGAAUGGGGUUAAGAAUGGAAAAUGGAUCGAAAUUGAUUCAUAAUUUUGCAGGUUUUGUAUAAACUAUAUUAGAUCGCGAUAAAUUAUUAAAAAAGUAAAGUACGUAAAAGGAAAAAAAGUAGGGGAUUGCCAAAUUUUAUACAGAGACCACAAAACAGUAGAAUUUAAAAUAAUGUAAUUAAUUCAUUAAUUUUAUAGUGGAACAGGACAAUAUGAUAUUUUGGGGAAAAAAGUUGGUUAUUGGUUGGAACCACAUAAAAAUUAUUGGGAGUAUAAUUUAAUUAAUUGUUUAAUUCAGAUUUUGUAAAUUGUAUUGUUUUGGAACUUAUAAAAAUGGUAUAAAGUAAGGUGUUUGGAAAGUAUCAACUCGAUAAUCUUUUGUAACAAAUGACAUUAUGUAAAUGAUAUAAUAUUUCAAGUGGCUUUGGUACUUAUGAUGAAAAAGGAAGAAAAAAUAAAUUAUGGGUCGAAUUGGAAUAGAACAAUAUUCUUUUAUCUAAUUCUGAUUAAUCAAGUUUAAUAAUAGAGAUAGGAGAAUAUUAAGAUGGUAAAAAGAUAGGAAAUUGGCAAACUCAUUCUAAUAAUUAGAUAUUUUGUUUAUAGUAUGAUGAAAAUGAAUUGAAAGAUGGAUUGUGUGAAGAGUUAGAUCAACAAUUUUUUCUGUAUAAUUUUUUUAUAAUUAAGUAACAAAUUUGCUUACUUAUCCAAUUAUUCGCAUGGAAAAAAAAUUAGAUCGUCGAGAGAACUAUUAAAAACUAUUUAAACUAAUUAAUAAGGUUUAGAUUAAAAAUUAUGA